AUGGCGCUCUCACUUCGCGUUCGCCGGCAUCGCUCGUCUUUGGAAGGAGUUAUUGUUCCUUCCUCACAGCCUUUGGCCCUGGAGGAACGGGAUCUUGCAACCCGCAUUUUCGACGAGAUUAUGUUGCAAUUUGAGCCUUCUCAGCCAACUGACAGCGGCUAUUAUCCGGUGACUCUGAUCAGACUCAUGAGUGUCGAGAUUUCUGAGAGAGACGAAUUUUUGAGCUUCUUCUUCUCUUUUAUCCAUCAAGACUUACUUGACGAGGAUGAUGGGCGAACUGGUCUCGGCCAGGUUUUAUCAACCCUUGCUCCUUUCCCUCACUUGCCAUCUGAACAAACAGACGCUUUAAAGGAAAGUCUUGUUGCAUUUGCGAAAUACUUGGUGGAUAAUUUUUUCUUGCCCUUAAAAGCGUCGGCAGGUAGAACUCCUCAACCUACCCCAGCUCUUUCCCGGUCGACAACAUCCGAAGUUGCCAUUGGAACUCCUCAACGGGUCUCGAACCUGCGCAAAUCCUGUCUCAUUCGUGACCGGUACCGAUGUGUCAUUACUCGGAGGUUUGACGCCCAAGAAGCGCAAACCCGAUACAAGAGGGAUGGACGCGAUGUGAAGGAUGAUGAUGGCAAGUCACUGCUUCCGGAACGUGACACCAUGGCCUACUUGGAAGUCGCCCAUAUAAUACCCCACUCGCUCAAGUCAUUCACGGGCGACGGAGGCGAUAGGAAACUUAUUGCCCACAGAGUCCUAACGAUGUUCAACCCUGGCGCCAUUCACUUGAUUGAUGGCGUUGAUAUUGAUCGACCAAUGAACGCGCUCACCCUAACGCAUGAUCUUCAUAGGCUAUUUGGUAACUUUGAAAUCGCCUUCGAACCGGUUGGUACCCAGCCGCAUACCUACAAAGUUGACUACGUAGAGUCGGAUCGCAUGGGUCGCGUUGAAAAGCUCCCCGUCACCGUUAGCCUUUUCCUCACGCCCGAUCGAAGUGUAGAUCCGCCUUCUCCUCAACUUCUCGCAAUCCAUAGUGCUAUCGGACGUAUCCUUCAUCUCAGCGCUGCUGGUGAAUAUAUUAAUGAUUAUAUUCGGGAUUUAGAGGAGAUGAAGGGUGGUGAAGUGAUGCAAAACGGAUCUACACGUCUCCAUGAUUAUGUUUGGUUCAGGCUCAGGGAGACGUCUGUUUACUAG